AUGACGGACCACAUCCCUUCCGGUACUGCUCAUGAGGUAAGUCGAUGCUGCUCCGGCUCGCUUCGACUUUAUUCGCUGACACGCUGCGCCUGUUCGUCGUUGUUCGUGAUGAUGAUGAUGAUGGAUAGCAUGAUGGUCACUUGCGAGGUCAGUUCCGUCGCUGGUGCACUGCAGGGGGUGGGGGGUGGGGGGGUUUACGUUCCCUAACAAACACGGCCAUUCUUUCUACUUCAGUCACCUACAAUGACAUCCACGUAGGUCUCCUCCACGUCGCCCUAGUCAUCGAACUCGAGCUCCGCACGACUCGGUGCCAGGCUCGAGCUUUCGCAACCGAUCCGAAGCUCGCAGCGCCUCUCUCGGCCGAGUUUCGGUCAAGAAUCCUGGCUUCUCAUCGGGUGCAAAUCGGGCCCUAGAGGUCGACCAUGGUCACGGGAAACCAAAUUUCAGGUUUUGAUCGACUCGGGGAUGCAAGAUCGACGCGACGUUAGGACGAAGCUCGUGCUUCCCCGCGCUUGCAGCCACAACUCGAGCAGCUCCAGGAGAGACAGGCACUCCGAUCGACGAGUGUAGCUGACCACAUGGAAUCCUCCCUCUUUGUAGAUGACAAUCGGCAAGACGGCGCACAAGAUCAAGAGCGAAUUCAACCCCGAUCUCUUCAUCGCCAUCGGAGGUGGAGGGUCAGUUCUUUACAGCCAGCGGCGACGGAGAACGGACGUAUCUUCUUACACGGGAAUCUUCUCGUAAAUUUAGAUUCUUCCCCGCCCGAGUCUUGCGAACGUUCUUGAAGCAAGGUGCUGCGGGGGAGAAGAAGCGCAAUAUCCCGAUCCAGGCCAUCGGCUUGUCCCUUUACGAGGUUCGUACAUCACCCAACUUGUCCGAGGAGGUUGCCCAGAGCUCAACCAAGUUAUCUAUAACCUUUUUGACAGGAGGUCGGAGCUUUCGACGGUUCGAGCGGGUUGGCGCAGGCGGAAAAGUUGGGCAAGGAGGUCGUACGCACGCAAUGGCUCGAUUUCUCGACCUUGGGCAACCAACCUCUGCUAGGACGAAAGAUCCUGAUCGUCGUACGUUUCGACCCAACGAAGCUCCUUUGACUUGGGCUCAAAACUUUGAAUGCUGAUAUGAUUGAUAUUCGUCGAGUGGGGUACAGGAUGAGGUCGAUGAUUCACGGACGACGUUGAGCUACGCCGUGCAAGAGUUGCGGAAGGACAUUGAUGCGCAACUCGCGGCAUUAUCCGAGGAGAAAAAGGCCGAAUUCGAGGAGACGCAGUUGGCCAUCUUUGUUGGUACGUUUCAAGGUCAAAGACGGGGAAGUGCAAGUUGAAAAAGCUGACGGGCCGAGGUAUCUGGGUACUAACUAGUUCACAACAAGUUGAAGGAGAAGCGAGGGACUCUGCCCAAGGACGUGCAGUACUUUUCGGGAGAGGACAUUGCGGAUCGAUGGGUCGAUGUAGGUCAUAUGUCAAAGACGAGGUGGACAGAGAGUAGAGUGCUCAUUCGAUGUCUUGUUGUCGGUUUUACAGUACCCUUGGGUUAGCACGCUCGCGCACUCGGCUAUGAGUAUCCGCUUUUCUGCGGGGACCGACUACUGACCUUUACCUUCUUCCUCCCUCUCUUUGACCGCUCCAAUAGGAACAACAAGUACGUCGACUUUUUUCCACGACGGGCCACUUUUGUUCGAGGAAUGCUGACCUCCUCUGUCGCUCCUUCGUUUGCUCAGGACAUUCUCCUGCACGAGCAAGUCGCGGCCAAGCAAAAGGCGUUGGGGCUCUAA